CGCGGGUCUCGCGCAGUCGUCUGUGCUUUGUGCUCUGUGGGUCAUUAAAGUUUAGCCAUGAACAUCUCAAUGCAACUAGCUGUCGUCAUCGCGGCCGCGUGUCUUUGCCUAGCGGAGGGCGCGCCCGACAUCAGGAUUGUGCGCGGGAAGCAACAACGGCCGACCCGCGGCUUUAAAAACGUAGAGAUGAUGACCGCUAGGGGGUUCGGGAAGCGGGACAGACCAUCGACAAGGGCCGAACGUGACGUAGAAAACCAAUCUUCAUCGGAUCGGUCGAGUCGUGGCGUGCCCACGUUCAAAAGCCCAACAGUGGGCAUCGCAAGGGAUUUUGGGAAAAGAACUAUGGACCAGGAUGGUGAAGAUCAAUACAACCAAUACACAUCACCAGAACAAAGAAAGUUUAACCCGAAAUCCUCACUUCUGGUGGCACCGGAUUUCGGGAAAAGGUCCAACGACGACAACCCUGAUGAAGAAGAGCAAGUUAGGGUGACCAGAGGAGGCUUCAAGUCCAACAAAAUCCUCAUUGCGAGGGGUUUCGGUAAACGAAAUGACUUUCUUGACGAAGUGUACGGAUUAGACAACUUUUGGGAAACAUUGGAGGCUUCACCAGAAAGAGACGGCCUGGAGAGUAAUGAUGAAAACCGGUUGGAAAGCAUCCCCCUGGACUGGUUCGUGAAUGAAAUGCUCAACAAUCCGGACUUCACACGGUCUGUGGUCCGCAAAUUCGUCGAUCUUAAUCAGGACGGACUGCUUACUUCAGACGAGCUCCUUAGAAACGUGGUCUAAUUGUUUCACUACUCAAGUACCUAUUAUUUAAUUACUGUAUAUUUU